AUGAUUACUGAUGGAUUUUUAAAAUAUCAAUAAAUGACUCUUUGGCACAGUGUAUUUGUUAAUCUAAAUUGCAAUCAAAUUUCUUUUAAAUAAAAUUUUUUGGCUCAUGCAAUUGAUAUGAAUAUUCUAAGUAACAUACUGUCUAAUAAUUUCGCAACUUAUUAUUUUAGAUACAAUAUGGAAAUAUAAUAUAAUCAUUUUAGAUUUAUUUGGAUAUUUAAACUAGAAAUAAUAUUUAUUAUAAUUGUUAAUAAUAAGUAUAACUGCGAAAUUGCCAUUUUUUCUUGUUAGGAUUGCCAUGCUCCAACCAAUAAUGAUUGUUCAUCAUGUUCUGAAGCAUCACAUAGAAUAUACAUACCAGGGCAUAAAGCCUUAUUCUGCCCAUAUAGCUAUUUAGAUGAUUAAAUUAAUUAGAAUUGCUUAUCAUUUUCUGAUUAAUUAUUUGAUAUUGAGGAUUUACAAAAAACUAAUGAUUGCCAAAAUGGUUACUUUUAGUAUGAUAAUUCAUGCUAUCCCUGGUAAAAUAUCUGAUUAUUAUAAAAGCCCUUCAAGUAUUUCUAAUAGACGGGUAAUAUGUAUAGAAUAUAUAUAAAAUAUAAAAGGAUGGAAAGAUUAUCCAGUAUGUAUACACAAUAUCUAUAUGGAUCCUAAUGGAAGUCCAGCAAAAAUAUUCUAUGAGUAUUAUGAUUAGUUCAUAUUCGAUGGUAAAGAACCAUUUUGUGUAGAGAUUGCUAUCCAAAUUUUAUAUUUUUAAUUAUGA